AUGCAUUUGUCGCCGGCACCGGAGGAAAAUAUCGACGUGCUGAGCCUGUCCGUCUCUCCAACUCCAUCGCUUGACUCAACGAAUUCACAGGUUUCAACGAAUUCACAGGAGGAGACGCCCAAGGUGGUGAGGCAAUUUUAUUGCCAGCGCUGUACCAAUCAUGGAGUGUAUUCCAUCCGAAAAGGCCACAAACCGUUUUGCCGAUGGGCGAACUGCCCAUGCAAGGCGUGUCGAAUGAUCGAAACAAGACGACAAUUGAGUUCUCAU